ACAGAUAUUGUAUUGGAUCUUUGUGAAACUGUGCCACGUUUUAUCAAUCACAAAGUAUAUUUUGACAAUUAUUUUACAACUAUUCGUUUACAGGUAGAGUUGAGAAAGUUAGGCAUUUUUGCAAUUGGUACGGUAAGACCAAAUCGAUUAAUUGAUUUAAACAUCAAAAAUGAAAAAGAUUUAUCAAGGGAAGGUAGGGGUAUAAUGGAUCAUCGUGUCACAGAAGUUGAAGGGGUGCAAUUAUGCGUGACACGAUGGUAUGAUAAUAAUGUAGUUAGUUGUCUUCCUACAUUGCACGGUUGUGAACCGAUUGAGUCAGUGCAACGAUAGUCACCAAAACAAAAGAAACAUAUUCUCAUAGAACGACCGAAGAUCAUACAGGCGUAUAAUGCACAUAUGGGAGGAGUCGAUUUAAUCGACAUGUUAAUUUCUUUGUAUCAAAUAAACGUUGAAUCUAAAAAGUAUUAUAUAAAAAUCAUCUUUCAUCUUAUUGAUUUGUUAGUUGUCAAUGCAUGGUUAUUGUACCCACGCCACUGUUGGCAACUAAAGCUUCCAAAAAAGGAUAUAAUGUCUUUAUUGACUUUUCGCAUAAAUAUUGCUACUGUUUUACUUAAAUCUAGCCCACCACCACCUAUCAUAAAAUAUGGUCGACCAUCAUUAGAAUUAAAAUUAAAUGAAAAUAAUUGA